GAAAUGGAUUGCUAUAUUUAGACAAAGUCAUUACAAAGAUACAGACUGCACACUUAACUGGACACAAUUAAGGGUUUCAAAGGAAAGAAAAAAUCUCAGCACUCAUGAAAACAUGAAGACAUUGUGAUAAGCCAAUAAUGCAAACGAUGCGGUCUUUCCUGAGAGGGCUGUGCCGCAGGAAACCCCUGGAACCGGAGGGAGAGGUCUCCACAUUUCGUCGCUGUCUUACGACUUUGGACCUGGUGGCUUUGGGAGUGGGCAGCACCUUGGGGGCCGGAGUCUACGUGCUCUCUGGGGAGGUGGCCCGGACCCAGGCUGGGCCAAGUAUUAUCAUCUCUUUCCUCAUUGCUGCUUUAGCUUCUAUCUUUGCUGGGCUCUGCUAUGCUGAGUUUGGUGCAAGGGUUCCUAAGACCGGAUCUGCCUAUCUGUACAGCUAUGUGACUGUAGGAGAGGUGUGGGCCUUCACCACAGGAUGGAAUUUGCUACUGUCCUAUGUCAUAGGCACAUCAAGUGUGGCCAGGGCAUGGAGCGGUACAUUUGACGAUCUCAUUGGAAAUGUGAUGGCUAAUUAUUUUAGCAAACAUGCAGCCAUGGGGCUUCCUGGCCUGGCAGCUUACCCAGACUUCUUUGCAGCUGCUCUCAUAAUGAUUCUCUCUGCUCUUCUUGCGUAUGGUGUGAAAGAAUCAACCACGGUCAACAAGAUAUUUACAAGUGUUAAUAUACUGGUGUUGAUAUUUGUCAUCACUGCUGGCUUCAUUAAAGGAAACCUGAACAACUGGUUUAUCACAAAAGACAUCAUCCUGAAUGCAACAGCAAUGCACGAAAACCUGACAUCCACCAUCAAUGUCACCACUGAGUAUGGAGUAGGUGGCUUUUUUCCAUUUGGAUUUGAAGGAACACUGGCAGGGGCAGCAACAUGUUUCUAUGCAUUCGUUGGCUUUGACUGUAUUGCAACUACAGGCGAAGAAGUGAAGAACCCUCAGAAGUCUAUACCUGUGGGUAUUGUGGCCUCUCUGCUUAUCUGUUUCCUGGCAUACUUUGGCGUUUCGGCUGCUCUCACAUUGAUGGUGCCAUACUACCAACUCAACAUUCAAAGUCCUCUUCCUGUGGCCUUUGCUGACAUUGGCUGGGGUGCAGCAAAGUAUGUAGUGGCGGUCGGAUCCUUGUGCGCUCUGUCAACAAGUCUCUUGGGGUCCAUGUUCCCAAUGCCCCGUGUCCUGUUCGCCAUGGCCAGAGAUGGACUCAUGUUCAAAUCGCUAUAUAAAGUCAGCUUACGGCAGAGUCCAGUGGUGGCCACACUAUCCUCUGGAACUGUGGCGGCAAUAAUGGCUCUUUUAUUUGACCUGAAGGCAUUGGUUGAUAUGAUGUCGAUUGGUACCCUCUUCUCCUACACACUUGUGGCUAUUUGCAUUCUCAUACUAAGGUUGUAUUCCUGCAGCUCCACACUUCCCUUCUGUUCUACCAUCAUAAUGCAAAUCUUUGAAGCUAAAAUGGGUUUCUUUCAAAGGUAUCAAGAGACGGCUUCUGAGGAAAAUGAUUUGCGCACACCCACAACCUCCAUGUUUGGGUUUUUGAAACCCCCUUCGUACCCUACCAAAGAAACUUCAAACACUGUUACAACCUGCACAGUUUUUCUUGUUGUGUUGGUGCUUAUCCUGUCACUGCUAUUGAGCAAGGUUAUCAGAUCUUUGUUGUUGCUGGAGAUCUGGAGUGUUGUGAGUGUAUCUGUGAUCCUGGUCAUAAUCUUCCUCAUAGUCUUCAUUAUCUGGAGACAACCCCAGAACCCAACCAAAGCCUCCUUUAUGGUACCGUUCUUGCCUAUACUCCCUGUGGUGAGUGUGUUCGUCAACAUUUACUUGAUGAUGCAACUGGGAGGAGACACCUGGGUUCGCUAUGCCGUGUGGAUGGCCGGGGGAUUCCUCAUAUACUUCGGAUAUGGAGUGAGGAACAGCGUCCAGAGGCAACGGUUACUCAGCAGUCAGGUCACCAUUGAAACCAUUGAAUCCAAAUCUGAUAAAGAUAGACCAAAAUAAAUGUAUAAACCAAAAGUCCUUGCAUCCGUCAAGUAGAUGCCUUUCUAUGUUUCUUUCUUUUUUUCCUCUUUUUAAUAGAGCAUCAUAUUUGCAGUGAAAUCUUUUGAUACUUUUUAUAAUAAAUGAAUAAAUAAAUAAUAAUUCUGAA